CUCUCCCUCUCCCUCCCUCUCCCUCUCCCCCCCAACUCCUUCUCUGCCAACCCUAGUCCUCUAGUCCCCAAACUCCCAGUACCUGCUUCUUGCGGGGACACCAUGUUGUUCUUCACUCUCCUGCUGGAGGUGAUUUGGAUCCUGGCUGCCGAAGGGGGUCAACACUGGACAUAUGAGGGCCCACAUGGUCAAGACCACUGGCCAGCCUCUUACCCUGAGUGUGGAAGCAAUGCCCAAUCCCCCAUCAAUAUCCAGACAGACAGAGUGACUUUUGACCCUGAGUUGCCCGCUCUGCAGCCCCAUGGAUAUGACCAGCCUAGCACUGAGCCUUUGGACCUGCACAACAAUGGCCACACAGUGCAACUCUCUCUGCCCCCUACCAUGUAUCUGGAGGGACUUCCUCGAAAAUAUGUAGCUGCCCAGCUCCACCUGCACUGGGGUGAGACAGGGUCCCUGGGCGGAUCAGAGCACCAGAUCAACAGUGAAGCCACAGUUGCAGAGCUCCACAUUGUACAUUAUGAUUCUGAUUCCUAUGACAGCUUGAGUGAGGCUGCUCCGAAGCCUCAGGGCCUGGCUGUCUUGGGCAUCCUCAUUGAGGUGGGUGAGACCAAGAAUCCAGUUUAUGAACACAUCCUGAGUCACUUGCAUGAAAUUAGGCAUAAAGAUCAGAAGACUUCAGUGCCUCCCUUCAACGUGGGAGAGCUGCUCCCCCCACAGCUGGACCAGUUCUUCCGUUACAACGGCUCGCUCACCACACCCCCCUGCUACCAGAGCGUGCUCUGGACAGUCUUCAGUCGAAGGGCUCAGAUUUCGAUGGGACAGCUGGAAGAGCUUCAGGAGACAUUGUUCUCCACAGAAGAGGUGCCCUCUAAGCUCCUGGUACGGAACUACCGAGCCCCCCAGCCUCUCAAUCAGCGAACAGUCUUUGCUUCUUUCAUCCAAGCGAGAUCCUCCUACACUACAGGUGAAAUGCUGAGUUUAGGAGUGGGAAUCUUGGUUGGCUGUCUUUGUCUUCUACUGGCUGUUUAUUUCAUCGCUAGGAAGAUUCGGAAGAAGAGGCUAGGAAACCGGAAAAGCGUGGUCUUCACCUCGGCACGAGCCACAGAGGCAUAG